CCCUCGCGGGGUCCCGCAGCACUCCCUGGUGGGCGAGGCGGGGUCUCCCUGUUCGGGAGCGGGGACGCAGCUGGCGGGGUGCUGUAGGCCCUGGGGUCCGUUCAGCUGACGAGGUCGCCGGGCUGCGGGGGGGACCAUGUGGAUGCUGGGUGGAGGCUCUGGGGGGCGCACAACUGGCGGGGAGAGGUCUCUGGUUCCUGACACGCGACCCCCGCCCGCCAGAAUGGGCAGCAGCUCGCUGUCCGAGGACUACCGCCUGUGCCUGGAGCGUGAGCUGCGGCGCGGCCGCGCGGGCGUGUGCGGGGACCCAUCGCUGCGCGCGGUGCUGUGGCAGAUCCUGGUUGAAGACUUCGACCUGCACGGGGCGCUGCAGGACGACGCGCUGGCGCUGCUCACCGACGGCCUGUGGGGCCGCGCCGACCUGGCCCCCGCGCUGCGCGGCCUGGCCCGCGCCUUCGAGCUGCUGGAGUUGGCCGCCGUGCACCUGUACCUGCUACCCUGGCGGAAGGAGUUCACCACCAUCAAGACCUUCUCCGGGGGCUACGUGCACGUGCUGAAAGGUGCCCUCUCGGAGGACCUCCUCAUCCAGAGCUUCCAGAAGAUGGGUUACGUGCCCAGGGACAACCACCGCCUGACGAUGGCUGCCCUGCCACCCGCCUGCCAGCUGGUGCAGGUAGCCCUGGGCUGCUUUGCCCUGCGGCUGGAGUGUGAGAUCCUGGGCGAGGUGCUGGCCCAGCUGGGGACCAGCGUGCUGCCAGCGGAGGAGCUGCUGCAGGCCCGGCGGGCCAGCGCGGACGUGGCCUCCUGUGUGGCCUGGCUGCAGCAGCGGCUGGCCCGGGAAGAGGAGCCGCCACCUCUGCCCCCCCGGGGCUCCCCAACCGUGUUCCAGACGCAGCUGGACCUAUACCGGGACCUGCAGGAGGACGAGGGCUCAGAGGAGGCCAGCCUGUACGGGGGGCCCUCGCCGGGCCCCGACUCCCCUCCCCCAGAGCUGGCCUGCCGGCCUCCACUCUGGGGACAGAGCGCCAAACUGUGGGGUGCCAGGGGAGGGGCCUGGGAGCCACUAGGGGAGGCUGAGGUGCUGCCGCAGGCCAGCAGCCCGCCGUACGGGGCCUUGAAGGAGGAGCCGGAGCCAGAGCCGGACGCCUUCUCCUUCCUGUCGCUGCGCCAAGAGCUGCUAAGCAGGCCCGGAGCCCCAGGGAGGUCGGGGCGGGCCAGCCCCCAGCGUGGGUACGGGCCCAGCCCCCCACCCCCCGGCUACCAAGCACACGGCUGCCUGGCUCCCGGUGCCCUGCCCACCCUCUGCUGUGACACGUGCCGCCAGCUGCACGCCCCGCACUGUGCCACCCUGCCUGCCUGCCGUCUAGGUCACGCACUUCGUGUGCUGCUCGGUGACACCCAGCAGCGCCUCUGGCUGCAGCGUGCACAGGUGGACACCCUCCUGUAUGAUGGGCCCGGGGCCCGACCUUAGGCCCAGCCAGGCCCUGGGUCAAGUGCUUUCCAGAGAGUUUCCGUGGUGCUUCUCUGGGCCUCAUCACUCCUCAGGCCUGAGCCCUGGCCACCCUGCCCCCCCGGGGACUCCUGGGCACAGCAGGGUGGGGGAUCCAGGCCUCACAAAGCAGGAGAUGGGCUCCUGCCUUCCAUGGAAAGCUCUUGCCUGGGGCUGGCCAGCUCCCCACCCCCUGCUCCCAGUGUUCCAGACUAUGUCCCAACGUGCUGGGUGGAGUCUAGCUUGUGUCAGCGUCUCACCACCAUGCCUACUCCCAUGAAGGGCCCUCUCCCUCCUCUUUCACCCCUCCCCCAACCCACUGAAGGGGCCCAGCACCCAGCCUGUAGCUCUUGACCUAUCCCUGUAAGUUGUGGUUCAGGACACGUUGCCUCCCUCUGAGCGCCCAAGGGAGAUUUCCCUCACAGGGGUGUCCUUGGAGGCCCGCAGGUGACACCGUGGGCCACUGAGCACCACCGUGACCAGCCCAGGGGCUCUGCCAGGUACGUGGCUGACCUAGCCUCUUGCCGAUGGAACGAGCCGAGGGCUGGCCCGAGACGAACCCACGUGCCCUGGUCAUCGCUGGGCUGGGAAGUUGGGCCCGCACGUGGAAGAGAAACAAUCCGAUCUCAUAGCAGAGUGUGCAGGCUCCCGAGGAGUCCAGAGAGCAGGGAGGCAGGCAGCAAGUGGGGCCUGGACAGGCUGUGUCACUCGCUUCCAGGUGGAACAUGGGGCUUCUGAGCAAUCAGCACGCCACAAGCCACCUUGCUGGGGCUCUCUGCUGCACAGGCUUCCCACCUGAUCAUUCACCCUGGGCCCAGUGGUAAAGAUGGGAGCCAGGCUCUUGAGUAGGCACCUGCUCAGACAGACUCUCAGGGUGCAGGCAGGCGGAACCCCUUUUCCUGGGGGGGGAAGGGUCCCAGAACAUACUAACCCACAGGACUGGAGGGGACAGGUGCCUGUUUCUGUGCUGGCCCCUCCUCACUGGGCACUCUGCCCGUCUGUCUGUCCCACCUCUCUUUCCCAGCACUCAGAGAACCACCUUCACGUCAUGAGUCAGAACCCAAAGUUCAUUAAAGGACAUUGAACCUGU